UUCACAUUGGAGUGGUAAACCUUGCUCGGAUAUUUUGGCGGGUUUCUAAUUGAUUAGUCUUCUAAUAAAUUCGUUUGAUUCCUUUGCCUGCACCCCUUUUGUGUGGUUGUCUCAAUGCGUAUGUGGUUUAUCGCCGUUUGAAACUAUGUCCGAAAGCGAACCCAAAUCAGCGCUAAACUUGGACAUCGAGCAACAAAAGAGCUUCGUACGGUUUUUUAGGAGCCUUCCUUCGAAGCCGGCUUCCACGGUGCGCCUUUUUAACCGGUCAGAUUAUUAUACGGUUCACGACGAUGACGCAGUCCUGGCUACCGAAUUCGCACCGAAAAUUAUUAAAUAUAUGGGUGAAGAACCCAAGCUGAGCUAUUUGUGCCUGAGCAGACACCAAAUGGAAACCUUCAUCCGCGAGCUUCUUCUGGUGAGACAGUACAGAAUCGAAGUCUACAAUAAGAGCCCGGGCAAGAACAACGACUGGCAGAUCGAGUACAAAGGCUCUCCAGGAAACCUUUCCCAGUUCGAGGACAUAUUGUUCGAAAAUAGCAACGUGGACUUCUCAAACUCCGUAAUGGCCGUUAAACUAUGCAAGGGCAAUACGAUCGCCGUAGCUAACACGAAUUUGACCGACUUGGAGUUUAAAGUGGCCGAGAUUGCCGAUAACGAGUGCUUCACCGAACUGCAGGCCUUGGUAGCACAGAUCGGACCGAAGGAAUGCAUUAUACCGGGCGGCGACUCUCCCGAAUUAAACGCUUUAAAAGAUAUACUGGAGAGAAGCGGAAUAUUAGUGGCCAAAAUCAAACGAUCCGACUUUAGUUCCAAGGACGUCAUCCAGGACUUGAAUCGGUUGCUGUUCUUUCACAACAACCAGCCGAGGGCCGCUGAGACGUGCCCCGAAACUACCUUGGACGAGGCGAUGGGUUGCUUGCAGGCCACCAUCAAGUUCCUCAACCUGACAGGAAGCGAGACGAAUUUUAACCAAUACAAAAUCGGUAAGCUCGACGUCAACCGUUACACCCGAAUGGACUAUGCCGCCCUAUUCGCCUUAAACAUACUGCCCAAGUCGGGUACGCCCAAGGAGGGGGUUUUCAUCAGGUCCGUUGCUCCCAAAACCCACAGCGUUGCCGGUAUCCUCAAUAAUUGCGUGACGGCUCAGGGCAAACGCCUCUUGGACCAGUGGAUCAAGCAACCACUCAAGGACCUCAACCUGAUCAACGAACGGCUCGAGAUUGUCGAUUGUUUCGUUAAAGAUUCCGAAACGAGGGCCGUAAUUACCAAAGAGGCGUUGCCGAAGAUACCCGACCUCAUGAUCCUCGCGCGGAAGCUGGCCGGCAAGAAAGCCCGCCUCCAGGACUGCUUCAAACUCUACCAGGCGAUCGACAGUCUGCCCGCACUCGCCCGGCAUCUGCGCAAGACCGACAACGCGUACGUCAAAGCGGCUUUCGUCGACGUCAUAAGCGACGUCGCCGCUGACAUGGAACGCUUCCAGAGCAUGAUCGAGGAACUACUCGACAUGGACCUGAUCGGCCGAGGCGAGUUUAUGAUAAAAAGCUCGGUCAACCGGGAAAUGAACGAACUGCACGAGUGCAAGAAACACGUCGAGUCGAGGAUGCGCCAGGCUUUAAGCGAAACGGCGGACGAACUCGGCCUCGAGGAAGGCAAAACCGUCAAGCUCGAAAGUAACCCGCAGCACGGCCACUUUUUCCGUGUGACGAAAAAGGAGGAACCGGUGUUGCGCAAAAACAAAAAUUACCAUAUCAUCGACGCGCUGACGGGCGGCGUCCGUUUCAACAACUCCCGUUUGCGCAAACUCAACGACGAAUACGUCGCCCUCAACGAACGCUACGAGGAAGAGCAGAAGGAACUAGUCAGGGCGGUACUAGACAUCGCCAUAGGCUACACCGACUCCGUGCGGUCGCUGAAUUUAAUCCUGGCCACCCUGGACGUGCUGACGUCGUUCGCGGUUGCCGCGGUGUCCGCGAAAAUUCCGUACGUGAAGCCCGAAUUGCGGCCUCCGGGCACUGGCGUCCUGAAGCUGCGCAGAGUGCGCCACCCGUGCCUCGAGCAGCAGGAACACGUCAAUUUUAUACCCAACGACGUCGAGUUCGACAAGGACGGCAAAAUUUUCCACAUCAUCACGGGUCCAAACAUGUGCGGCAAAAGUACCUACAUACGAUCCGUCGGUGUUUGCGUCCUAAUGGCGCAAAUCGGUAGUUUCGUGCCGUGCGAGCACGCGGAAAUAUCACUCGUCGACGCAAUAUUAGCCAGGGUGGGAGCGGACGAUUGCCAACUCAAAGGUUUGUCCACGUUUAUGCUCGAGAUGAUCGAGACGUCGACCAUUUUGAAAACGGCCACCGAACACUCGCUCGUAAUCAUCGACGAAUUGGGGCGUGGCACGAGCACUUACGACGGCUGCGGCAUCGCUUGGGCCAUCGCCGAACACCUGGCGACCGAAGUCAAAAGCUUUUCGCUAUUCGCCACCCAUUUUCACGCCAUAACGAAGCUGGCCGAUCGAUGCCCGGACGUGGGCAAUCUUCACGUCAGCGCCGUUACGUCGGAAGACGCCAUCACGCCCCUUUAUCAGAUAUCGGAGGGAGAGUGCGACAAGAGUUACGGUAUACACUGCGCCAGGGUGGCCGAUUUUCCGCCCGACGUCCUCCGGUGGGCGGAGCAACACUUGAAGAGUCUCGAAUAUAACGAGGGUUUGAAGUAUGUAAAUGACGUCGAGGUGUCGGUAAGGAAGGCCGCUAUAGAAAAGGGGGAGGAGCUGAUACGCGAGUCGCUGACGUCAUUGGCGUCAGUCGCGGAAGACUUAGAUGAUGACGCGUUGUCGAGAAGGGUAGAGGAAAUACGAGAGGAGUUGCAGCGUGGCGAUAAUUUGUACGUCAGGGGUUUGUUGGAAUCGAAGUGUUAAUAUAGAGUUGGUGUUUGUAUUUUGCUUAAAGUGUCUUUCAUGGUCUAUUAAAAAACUAAUUAGCUACUGAACAGAUGAGAAUGCUUGUUGUUCUUUAUCGUACAUUGUUUUUCUGUUUUGCUCCGACGCCCAUGUAUGGCUUGACUUAAAUUAAAG